AUCUUGUGAGAUAACAUUCCAACGGUGUUGCAAGAUUCUUGUUGCUUUACCCUUACUAUUAAGUUACGGCUUUGUUUUGCCAGAUUAUUUCUUACAGAGAUAUGUUUACAUAAAAAUGCAAUUGAGUGUAAUAUAGGAAAUGUAAACAUAAUGAAAAAGUUAGGCUUUAUAGAUGAAGGGCAAUCCUUUUGCUUAUUAUGUUGUAAUUGCAAUUGGAACUCCUGCUGAUUGUGUCUGUUUAUCUUUAUUGAAGGUAUUGUUUUAUUGGUUGCGCCAGAACCUAUAUGUAUUUUUAAGAAUGGUGGAGAUUAUAGUUUACUUAUGGUAUUCAUUUUCUUCAGUGUCUGUUAUAUUUAUGCCUGUCGAUAUUGUGUGGAUCUCUGUAACUUUAUGUUCCAUGUGUUUUCUUCACUUUCAAUCUUUUGAAGACGUAUCCACUCCUUUAAAACAUUUCAUUCUUCUUCAGCAGUACUUUACUAUUCUCAUCUGUCAUGCAUUCAUCUGAUCCGUAUCCAUUUUUCUCCCUAUUGUUUUUAGGUGUUAAAUAUCUUUCUCAUGCUUUUUGUAAUUUGUUGCUUGCUAGUAAUAAUGAACCUGUUAUGUGAAUUGCCUCUUUUGACCUUUGAAUAAUUGCAUCACACCACUGCGAUGUGUCUUUUAUUAUCUGAUGCUCAUAGUGUUUCUCUGCUAUUCCUCUUAUUCUUUCACUUGCCAUACCUUACCCAAUUACUUUUAUUCUUGUAAGACUUUCAAUUCACUUCUUUGUUAUUGUAAUUUUGUGUUGCAGUGCGGUAGCUUUUUCUUGUUUAAACUUGAAACACUUUAUGCUUUGACUCUUUUUACUUUGCUUGUUAUUCUUUCUGCCUGUGCUAUAUUUAUUGAUAGCUACUAGCUUAUAUUGAAUUUUCAGAUUAUUUGUAUUAUGUUGUUUAUAAUCUUACAACAAAUUAUUUUGUGAUGAAUUUGUGCUGCUCUUGGAAGUUGCUAGAUGUGUAAUCUUCUUUUCUUAGAAUAUAUAUGCUGUUCUGUGAGUCUAUCUCAACAAAUUCAGGUACUACACCGCCAUUUUCAUAGCGGAGUUUGUUGAAUUUAGCUAUGAAGAAAGAUGAAAUUCUAGAAAGUAAUUUCAAGGAUGCGGUUGGUUUUCAGGGACAAUGAGGAGGGAGUUCUCCAGCAAAGUUGCCUGCUGAACAUUCAAAUUCCUAUCACCCCUUCUGCAAAUAAGGUCAUCUUGAAGAAGCCCGUGAACUCAUCAAGUCAAUGGUUAUCAAGCCAGGGAUUGUAGUUUGGGUUGUUCUUCUCUCUGGUUGUAACAAUCAGAAAAGGUUGAAGCUUUGAGAGCAAAUGGCGGAAAUGGUUUGUGUUAAAUCGAAAUGAUUUACUGUUAAAAAAUAACUUUUGGUCUGGUGAAUGAGAAAACUGCAUUACGUACCAAAGAGUUUGUGUUCCAUGAUCUCAAGGAGUAAGUGAAGGAGAGUUUGCUUUGCAACCAUUGUGACAGGCUGGCCGCAUCAUUUGGAUUGUUGAACACUAGCCUGGGAACAAGGAUUUUGAUGAUAAAGAAUAUAAGGACUGUGACUGCUAUGGCGCAACAAUGUCUUAAAAAUAGUGAACUGGGAGGUUGCAGUGAGGAAUGGGAAACAAGUCAUUAAGUUAAAGAUGGAGUGCUCACUCAUGGAGAUCACUUGUAGUUUCUGUGCCUUGACCAAGAGCCAAGGAGAACAGAUAGCUUCAAUCUUGAAUUUUGAUGAGCAGAUGGAAGGCAGCUCCAAGAGCAAAAUAUGCUGAUCUUGAGGGAAGAAGAAUCGUGCCAGGGCUGCUAAUAUUAAUCAUGAUGGAAAUUACUGCAAGCGGGGAGAGAGUGAGCAAAGAAUCUGCCAUGGAGGUUUUAACGAGAGUAGAACUUGACCUAGCAUAUUCUUCUGAAAAAUUACUGAACUUGGAGAUGCUUUUCCUGCAAGUGUCAAGCAGAGCGAGUGAUAUUGACGCUCCGAUCACCGAGUAUUUGGAGGACAUCUCGAACGAGUCCAUCGAGAAGGCCUUUGAAUUUGAUGCCUUGUCUGGAAUUUUGAACACAGAGGUCAAAGAACUAGACAGCUUCAUGUCUUCGCUCCAGAUGGAAAUCAUGGAUGCCCACCAGAAGCUUUCUCAUAGCGACCACCUUGAAGAAUCUACAAUAGAAAUAGAAGGGAAGUUUCAUGAUGCUCAAGAGUCCUUGAAGCAGUUUCAAGAUCAAAUUGCUGAUAUUAGAAUGCAAUCAGCAAAGUUUGAAAGAACCUUAGCUUUCGCACAUUACGAACCCUGGAAACUCCAGACAGUGGAUAGCAAGUGGAAACUCCAGACAGUGGAUCAGCAAAGACAUGUUUUGCAGAUGCUGGAGAAAUCUUUGGCCAGGGAGCUGGAUCUUGAAAAGAAGUUGUCAGACUCAAGAUCUCUCGAAGAGGACCUCAAGUUGAAACUGCACAAUGCAGAAUGGGAGUCCUACUUCAUGGAAAAACCGAUAGAAAUGAUUUUGGAGAAGCUGUUCGAGGCAGAAAACGCUGCUGAGCUCCUUCUGGGCAUCUCAAAAGAAUUAAUGGGAAAACUCCAGGGUGUCCAGCUAAACCUAAAUGCAUCGAUGCAUAGAGAAUGCAAAAUGAAAUCCAAGUUGCAGAAAGGUGUGAUGAAGUUAUCCGCUGAAGAAGGUGCUUUUGAGAAGCUGAAAACUAGUUGUGCAGAACCUGAUAACAUCCUUGUGUUGCAACAGAAUGGUCUAAAAACCGGCCUUAAGGAAGCUGAUGAUAAAUGCAUGCUUACUGGUUCUGAGGUUUUGACUUUAAGGGAAAAGGUAAGAGCACUUGAGGAGCAGUUAGGUGAAUCUGAUAUCCAUUUGCUGGUGGCAAAGGCCUCUCUUGGAGAUAGUCAGGAGCAGCAGAGUUUGUUACGUUCUGAACUCUGUCAGUUGGAGAAUGUAAUUGAGGGUCUUAAGGAAAAUGUGCUGAAAACAGAAAGCAGGGCUGAAGGUGCAGAAGCUAGGUGUGCAGAAUUAACUAAAGCUAACAUGGAACUCAAUGAAGAGCUAGGUUUACUUAGAAACAGUGGAUCAGAGAAGGCAAUCUUUCUAGAGAGAAAGCUCAAGGAAUCAGAUACGCAGUUAGAACAUGCAAAAGCAUCUGUUGAAGCAAUUGAAGAGCAGCAGAUUAUGUUAUAUGCUGCACUUAGUGAUAUGGAAAAUAUUAUUGAGGAUCUUAAGAGAAAGGUUGCAAAAGCCGAGACGAGGGCUGAGAAUGCUGAAGCUAAGUGUACUCUGUUAACUGAAACCAAUUUGGAACUAAAUGAAGAGCUGGGUGUUGUAAGAAGCAAAUUGGAAUGUUUAGAGACAUCUUUGCAUCAAGCAGAUGUUGCAAAAAUAACCACUGCGAAAGACAUUGGUAUCAGGAGUAAAAUCAUCACUGACCUGGUUAUGAAACUAGCCUUGGAGAGAGAGCGCCUUCAAUUGCAGAUAUCUGCAUUAAGAAAGAAAAACAAAAUCCUGGCAGAGAGAUGCAGAACAAAGGAUCGUACUCGAAUUAUUUCGAGUCACAAGGGGAAUGAUGAUGACGAGAAUGAAUUUAGUAUCCUCAAACAUUCGGAGGAAGCAUUAACAGAAUCUUCAACUACAAAUUUUCAGGUUAAGAAGUCAUCUGGAGCUGUGCCCGUCCAUGAUACAGGCAUGGAGACAACUGUUUCAGCAGAGGAUUCCACGGGUGCAGAAUCUAAGAUUGAGACUGUGAGGACCAUAGAAGCGACACAGCUUACUCCGAAGUUUCUAAUCAUGGCUUUUCUUGUCUUGCUGGUCUCUGUUCUUACAUUCUAUGUGUAUCAACAAGACAGUAGUGAUGCUUAAAAGUUUUUCAUGUAUUCCCUCACAACAUUAGUGCUCCAAUUUCAUGUGGGCUUUUUACUCGAGAUGCCAUUUCCUGUGUGUUUCAGGAUCGCAACUUUAAAUAUAUGUCGCCUAAGCUUGAACGGACAAUGAACUGAAACUAACUUCAGGGUUAUUCAAAGACACACCUUCAUCA